AGAAAUCACCAUUUGAAAGGCAACUCUGAACUUAGCCAAGAUGUCUAUGAAAAUGACAGUAGUCCUGCUCCUGCUACAGCUGAGUGGCUUCUUUGGAUCUGGAAGUAGUGGGAAGGUGCUGGUGUGGCCAGUGGAAUUCAGCCAUUGGCUCAACCUAAGGAUAAUCCUAGAAGAGCUUGUGAAGAAGGGCCAUGAAGUGACUGUUCUGAGACCCUCAGUUUACUUUUCUUAUGAAGUGGACAACACAUCUGCUAUUGAAUUUGAAACAUAUCCUGCAUCAUUUUCCAUGACUGAUGCACAAGAAUUUUUCAAAGAAGCCUUCAAUAAACACAUUUAUGAGUUGCCAAAGCAAUCAUUUUGGGGAUAUUUUUUGAUGUUGAAAGAACUGUUUUUGUUCGAGUCAGAAUAUUUUGAGCAUUUCUGCAAAGAUGCAGUUUUAAACAAGGAACUUAUGACAAAACUACGUAAUUCAAGCUUUGAUGUCAUAGUAGCAGAUCCAUUCUUACCCUGUGGUGAACUGCUGGCUGAGAUUUUUAAGUUACCUCUGGUGUACAGUCUCCGAUUCUUUCCUGGCUUCAAGUACGAAAAGUACAGUGGAGGACUACCACUACCUCCUUCCUAUGUGCCUGUUGCUUUUUCAGAAUUGAGUGAUCGAAUGACAUUCAUGGAGAGGGUACAAAAUCUGAUCUAUGUGCUUUCUUUUGACUUUUGGCUACAAAUGUUUAACGAGAAGAGGUGGAAUCAGUUUUACAGUGAAGUAUUGGGACGACCCACGACCCUCUCUGAGAUGAUGGGGAAGGCAGAUAUAUGGCUUAUUCGAACCUACUGGGAUUUAGAAUUUCCUCACCCUGUCUUACCAAACUUUGAUUUUGUUGGAGGACUCCACUGCAGACCUGCGAAACCUCUGCCAAAGGAAAUAGAAGACUUUGUCCAGUCUUCUGGAGAACAUGGUGUUGUGGUAUUUUCCCUGGGGUCCAUGGUGAGUAACCUAACAGAAGAAAGGACCAACAUUAUUGCAGCAGGCCUCGCGCAGAUUCCACAGAAGGUGAGAUACAGUGCCUCAGAGAUUCAUUCUCACUAA